GGCCUGUACUACUUAGGGCUGUCCCAAUUAUUCUAGAAUAAUUUUGAGAAUAAUAGGUGAGGCUGAAAAAAUAGGUAGAGUCAGAGGUUUAAAAGGUCAUAUAGAGGUCAAUAAUAUCAUUAUUCUGAUGUAAGUCAGUUGUUUAGUUUCAGUUAUAUGGCUGCAAUGUCAUUUAGAUCUGUUUAUGGUUCAUGGUUAUGUUGGCUUUUCAAUGGAGAAUAAUAGGAAUGAUAAUAAUUAUAAGCAAAAUUUUUUUAAUGGUAUAUAGUGGUCAUGGUUACCUGUGAUUGGAUUCCUAUUAUUAGCACCGUGUGGUGUCAGCCAUAGCUGAUAGUUAGUGUGAUAUGCAGGUGUGAUAUUGCAUCCUAUAAUAGACCCCCCUGAACAUAGUGUAUAGGGAUGCAUGACCCCCACAUAGUGUAGGGCUGCAUGCGGAGAGUAGCUAUCAUGAUUGCCUUGUUACUAGUGUGUGUUGUGUGCCUAGCUGGGGCCACUGUCUAUAAUGGACCAUUACCUACUCAUGGAGACAUUGUCAUCUUAGGAGCUCUAUUCCCUGUACACAAGAACAUGGACAACCAAUGUGGUGACGUGUUGGACCUUGGACUGCAACGACUUGAAGCAAUGGUAUUAGCAGUGGAUAAGGUCAACAACAACACAGCCCUUCUCCCUGGCAUAACACUCAGCUUUGAGAUUAGAGACACUUGCACACAGUCUAACUAUGCCCUCGAACAAAGCCUGCACUUUGUGAGCUCUCGCGGCGUGUUGGGUAUAUCUGGUGUUGUGGGUGCAGCCUCAAGCAGUGUCUCUAUUGCUGUGGCUAGUUUGCUCAGAUUAUUCAAGAUCCCUCAAAUCAGUUAUGCCUCCACCGCAGAAACUUUGAGUGACAGAACUAGAUUCGAUUAUUUCUUUCGUACGAUACCUCCUGACUCUCUUCAGACGCAAGUCAUGGCUGAUCUGAUUGACCACUUCAACUGGAGCUAUGUGUAUGCCCUCCACUCUGAUGAUGUAUAUGGUACAGUGGGAAUUCAGGCAUUGCUCAAAGCGUUGGAGGGUAGAAACUGUUCAGAGACAUGUGUAGCCACUCAAAUCAGUGUCCCAGUGGUGGCCACUAGUCAAGACUUGGAUGAGGUGUUGCUGGACAUGUCACGCAGCUGGGUCAAUAAUGCAUCUGUGGCUGUGUUGUUUGGACAAUUAGCCACUGCUGUGAAAGUGCUGGAGGCUGUAGACAGGAGCAGAGGAAGUGGACCUCUCAAGAACAUAACGUGGAUAGCCAGUGAUGCUUGGGGGGACCAGAUCCCCUCCCACUUGUACCCUGUGGCGCAUGGUAUGUUAGCUGUUCUCCCUCAGGCCAAACACAGCCAACAGUUUGAUGAUUACUUCACUGGACUGACCCCUCUCAACAAUGCUGACAAUCCGUGGUUUAGCGAAUAUUGGGAGAAUGUGUUCAACUGCUCAUUUCAACCAGUGGCAGGUGUGAGGGAGUGUGAUGGCAAUGACAGGAUCUCAGUCAACAAUGAAUAUCGUCAGAACAGUAAAGUUCCCUUUGCUAUUGAUGCUGUGUAUGCUUUUGCCCAUGCUAUGACUGACAUGCAGAGAGCCUUGUGUCCCGGUGGCCAUGGUUUAUGUCGUGAUAUGACUGACCCUCGGACUAAUGCAGUGAAUGGAGAACUAUUACAAACGUAUUUACACAAUGUUUCAUUCUCACCAGGAGCUUCUGCACGAGAGAUUUCAUUUGAUGCCAGUGGAGAUGAACAAGGCAGCUUCAUCAUUAAGAACCUUCAGUUGGAGAGUGGGCAGCAUAGGUUCAGACAGGUGGGUGUGUGGACUGCCUCUAAUGCAAUGCUGUCUCUACACAGUGAUGUGGAGUGGAUUGAUGGAGACAUGCCAGAGUCAGUGUGUAGUGUCAAGUGUGGGGGCGGGCAGUAUCCAGAGAGGGUAUCAGAUCAAGCUGCUUGUUGUUGGAUCUGUAAGCGUUGUCUUGGCAACAGGCACGUGAGUACUGGCGAGAAGUGUAGAGAAUGUGAACAAGGUUAUGCCCCUAAUACGAACAUGACCCAGUGUGAGCUCAUACCCCUCACCUUCCUGACAUGGUCUCAUGCAUGGUCUAUUAUCAUCAUGGUUGUUGCUAUUGUUGGGAUUGCACUAACAGUGAGUGUUAUUAUCAUCUUUGUUGUGUUCUACAAGCAUCAGAUUGUCAAGGGCUCUAGUCGCGAGUUGAGUGCUUUCCUGUUGACUGGGUUAUUGUUGUGUUAUUUGCUUCCCUUUGCUUUCAUUAUUCGACCCUCUGCUGUUGUGUGUGGUAUUCGAAGGUUUGGGCUUGGUUUCUGUUUCACUCUUUGCUAUAGUGCACUGUUGAUUAAGACUAAUCGUAUUCAUCGUAUAUUCAACCGUAGACCUGGUUCAGUUAGCACCCCCUCCCUCAUUAGUCCACAGAGCCAGGUGGCACUAACACUACUGCUCAUUGCUGUACAGGUAGUCAUUGCUGUGAUCUGGUUGGUAGUGGAACCGCCAAGCAUUCUAUUGGUCUACAAUGAUUUCAGUACAGAGCUGAAAUGUGGCGAGUCUCCCUAUAUUGGAAUAUCAGCAUCAUUUGGUUACAGUCUAUUUCUGUUGUUGUUGAGUACAUAUUUUGCAUUUCGAGCUCGCAAGGUUCCUCAGAAUUUCAAUGAGGCCAAAUUCAUCAAUCUCACAUUGUACACCAUUGUCAUUAUCUGGCUGGCAUUUAUCCCUACAUAUUUUGCCACCUCGCAGCUAGGUACAAUCUUUCAGACAAGUUCUCUUGUCCUAGGGAUAGCUCUGAGCGCCACCACCACCCUGUGCUGUCUGUUUGCCCCCAAGGUGUAUUUCCUGUUCUCCCAGAUGAAGAAGGAGUAUCAGAGCAGUGAGAAUGAUCGUAGACCAAGACAAGAUAGCAUCUGCUCUAAUGGAGGGAUCCAUCUCAUUCACCAGCGCAAUUCAUCCACCUAUGGUCUGACUUCUGUACUGUCCAAGGGUGAUCAAAGUGAGCAGCUCUCAGUGUGUCCCCUCCCACCACAACCCUCCCUAUCACACUACAAGCUCCCUGUACUAACUAGUAUGACUGAUAAAGAACCUCCUCCCUCCUCCACUGACAAGACCACUCAGACACCCCCUCUUAUAGUCACCCACUCAUCAGCAGGCUACACCCACUCAUUAGCAGGCUAUGUCACCAGAGAGGAACUGUAUCGCUUUGUGCCCCUCCCCCCUUCAGUGUCGCCCACCCCCUCCACAAGCACAUGCAGUCUACACCACGAUAUAUAACUAACUAACUUAUUAUAUAGCAAGCAAAUUGUUCAUCCAUAGCCUAUAAAUUGAUGUUUGUAAUAAUGUUUCAUGG